GGCGGCCGAGGAGGCGGAGUUGCGGCUGCACAAGGAGCCCGGGCCGCGGGGUCCGGGAGGCGGCGGCCGCGGGGGGCCGCGGAACCUUAGGUCUGAUUCCCUGGCCUUUGUGUCCCUGGGAGCUUAAUCUCUGCCAGAGGAAAGCAGGUGUGCUCCAUCCACCUCUCCCGAGAACAUGAAGAUGAGUUGUCCCAGACCCUUCCCCGUGAUUGGAAACUUAGGUGGUUUCUUGUCUCGAGACUUCCACAGACGACUCUCGUGUUGGGAUCCAUCCAUGGUUUAGCGACAUUAGUGGAAAAGUUUUCUUCAACUGUUUAACUUUCUUUCUCAUACAGAACGGUUAACAGUCAGGUGUAUUCCUGGAUCACACAGUUUUACCAAAGGGAGAACUCUAAAAGAGCUGCUGUUCUUGCCACUCUCUGAGCAGUGUGCUGAGUGGGGCUUGAUUUAAUUUUGGAUGAAAUUAUUCUUGCAUCGAGAUGUUAAUAAGCCAAAAUUUAGACUAAAUGUGUUAAAUGAUCUUGCCAUCAAUAUGGAUGAUUUGAAGAUAAACACCGAUAUUACUGGUGCUAAAGAAGAACUCCAAGAUGACAGCAAUUUUAUCUCAGAGAAAGACAGUGGAGUUCAUAAACCAAAAGAUUGUCAGACAUCAUUUCAGAAAAACAAUUCAUUGACUCUGUCUGAAGAAUUGUCAGAGGAUAAAUCAGAAAAAGCCUUAAGUGGAGGCCAGUCUGCUUUGUUUAUACCUGCCGGCGCUCCUGCUGUUUCUAGUGAAAACUUUACCUUGCCUACAGGAGCUGUCGUUAAUGGACCAGUUUCACGCUCCUCCUUAACAAAGACUUCCAAUAUGAAUGAAGGUAGUGUUUCAUUAACCACUGGACAGCCUGUGGAUCAGCCAGCAACAGAAUCUUGUUCAACGUUGAAGGCAGCAGCUGAUCUUCAGCUGUCUGCACCACAAAAAGCAAGUCAACACCAAGUUCUGUUUUUGUUAUCAGAUGUAGCACAUACUAAGAAUACAGCCCAUUCCAUUAAAAAACUACCUACCUCUGCUUUAGUUGGUUGUGAUGUUCCGAAUUCAGUAGGGAGUAGUAUGAAGUCAGAGAGCACUUUACUAAAUCAAGUAGAGGUGGGUGAGGGUAAUGAAGAUGUAUUGGUAAAAGAUGAUUGUGUCAAUACAUUAGCAGGAAUUUCCUCAGGUACAGAUGAAUUUAGGCCAGAAAAUGAUACAAACUGGGAUCCCCAAAAAGAGUUCAUUCAGUUUCUUAUGACUAAUGAAGAAACAGUGGAUAAACCUCCGGUUCUUCCUAAAGUAGCAGGUCUAGAAAAAAAGAGAAAGCGAAAAAUGGAUGUAAGCAAAAUAACUCGUUACUCAGAGGGUUGUUUUAGUGAUUGUAAUCGUGUACCCAAUAAAUCAAAAGUGAUAGAGGUCGACUUUGUGGGGCAGAAUGAGGAGGGACAAGCAAUAGAGUCACAGAAAUACACUUUGUCAAAAGUGAAACCGGAAUCUGCUGACGAAGACUUGGAGUCUGUGGAUACUUUCCAGCAUCUGGUUUAUAACUCAGAUAAAUGUGGAGAAGAUAAUUCACCUGCUCAUACUCGCACUUCCAUUUCAAAUACCUUAAAAAAGAAAUGUGAAGAGAGUGAUUGUGAGUCCCCUGCUCCUUUCAGUACCGAAGAGCCGUCCUUCUACCCCUGCACCAAGUGCAACGUGAACUUCAGGGAGAAGAAGCACUUGCACCGGCACAUGAUGUACCACUUGGACGGGAACAGCCACUUCCGCCACCUUAACGUCCCAAGGCCGUAUGCCUGCAGGGAGUGCGGACGGACAUUCCGGGACCGCAACUCACUGCUGAAGCACAUGAUCAUUCACCAAGAAAGACGACAGAAGCUGAUGGAAGAAAUUCGUGAACUGAAAGAACUCCAAGAUGAAGGAAGAAGUGCGCGAUUACAGUGCCCUCAGUGUGUGUUUGGUACCAAUUGCCCUAAGACGUUUGUGCAACAUGCUAAAACGCAUGAGAAAGACAAAAGGUACUAUUGCUGUGAAGAGUGUAACUUCAUGGCAGUGACAGAAAAUGAAUUGGAAUGCCACCGAGGCAUUGCCCAUGGAGCAGCAGUGAAAUGUCCUAUCGUCAGUUCCGAUGUAACUCAGAGGAAAACACAAAAAAAGACUUUGAUGAAAGACUCUGUUACAGGAUCGUCCAAAAAGUCAGCUACAUACCUAUGUAAAAUGUGUCCCUUUACCACUUCAGCCAGAAGUAUUUUGAAAAAGCACAUGGAGUAUUUGCAUUCCCCAUCAUGUGUUGAUUCAUUGAAUCCUCUUGGACUUGACAAAAGAAAAAGUGACAUCGUGGAGGAAUCUGUAGAUGUCGAUUGCACUAAGCCAUUAGUUAAACAACAGUCAGCCACAUUUCCAAAGAACUCUGCUUUAAAACAAGAUGUUAAACGAACAUUUGCAUCAAGCUCACAAUCGAGUAAUUUAUCAAAAUUUCAUAAGCGGCCACAUAGAAUACAAAAAGCCCGGAAAAGUAUUGCCCAGUCUGGUGUAAAUGCAUGCAAUCAAAACAACUCUCCUCACAAGAAUGUUACGUUUAAAAGCAGCACUGACCAAAAGCCAAAGUAUUUCCAUCAAGCAGCAAAAGAAAAAUCUAAUGCCAGGGCAAAUAGUUAUUUAUAUAGACACAAGUAUGAAAACUACAGGAUGAUCAAAAAAUCAGGUGAAUCAUACCCACUUCCUUUCAAAAAAGAGGUUAAUUCAUUAAACUCUUUACAUCUGUUUUCAUCAUCAAGUAAUUCUCAUAAUAAUUUUAUUUCAGACCCUCAUAACCCAGACACCAAAAGGCCAGAUCACAAGCGUGUAGCCGUAAAAAGAGUAGUUAAGGCUUCCAAGAAGGAAAGUUCUGGUGGAGAAGACUUGGAUAGCUAUCCUGAUUUUCUGCAUAAAAUGACUGUUGUUGUUUUGCAAAAGCUUAAUUCUGCUGAAAAGAAGGACAGUUAUGAAACAGAAGAUGACAGUUCCUGGGACAAUGUUGAGCUGGGUGAUUACACUACACAGGCCAUGGAAGGAGACGCCUACGGUGGUCUCAGUCAGGAGCAUGUGAACUUGUUGCCCCUAUUUAAAAGCAAGAUGGAAAGCCAAGGUCCUGGAGACAGUGCUGCCCUUAAUUACAAUCAGAACGAUGGCUUUUAUUUUGAGUACUAUGAAGACGGUGGCACCAAUAGCUUUUUACACGAGAUACACGAUCCUCAGCAUUUGGAAAACGCAGAAACGCCUUUGUCAAAGCAUAACUCUGUUUUUCAUUGGACUGAUUUGUCCCUUGAGAAGAAGUCUUGUCCUUAUUGCCCAGCAACAUUUGAAACAGGUGUUGGGCUGUCCAACCACGUCCGAGGACACCUUCAUAGAGCGGGAUUAAGCUAUGAAGCCCGUCACGUUGUGUCACCAGAACAAAUAGCCACAAGUGACAAAAUGCAGCAUUUCAAAAGGACUGGCGCAGCGACGCCUGUGAAGCGAGUUAGAAAAGCUGUAGAGAAGGCUGAGACUACUUCUGAACACACUUGUCAGCUCUGUGGUGGUUGGUUUGACACAAAGAUUGGGUUAUCAAAUCAUGUCAGAGGCCAUCUGAAAAGACUUGGGAAAACUAAGUGGGAUGCUCACAAAUCUCCAAUCUGUGUUCUGAAUGAGAUGAUGCAGAAUGAAGAGAAGUAUGAAAAGAUUUUAAAGGCACUGAACAGUCGUCGCAUUAUUCCCAGACCGUUUGUAGCUCAGAAACUCACAUCAGGUGAUGACUUCCUGUCUCAGAAUGUUUUACCUCUUGAUGAAUACCGUAAUGGCCUAAAGACAGAGGCUCUGUCAGUGUCUGCAUCAGAGGAAGAAGGCCUGAGUUUCCUAAAUGAAUGUGACGAAACAAAACCUGAACUGCCCAGUGGAAAAAAGAACCAGUCUCUUACACUGAUAGAACUUCUUAGAAACAAAAGAAUGGGUGAAGAAAGGAAUUCUGCUCUUUCUCCUCAGAAGAUCCAUAACCAGACAGCAAGAAAGAGAUUUGUCCAGAAAUGUGUUCUUCCAUUACAUGAAGACAGUCCCUUGAUGUAUCAACCACAAAAAAUGGACUUGACUAUGCACUCAGGUGUGCCUGUGAAGCUUAGAACGUGUGUGCAUUGCACUACGACGUUUACAAGUGCUGUUAGCCUGUCCAACCACUUCCGCGCUUGUGCACGAAGGACGAGUGCUGGACUUGUGCCUGGUCCAGCUUUAGAUUGUAAGCAAAAGAAAUCAAGGUCAAGAUCUGGAAGCAAGAAGAAAAUGCUAACAUUACCUCAUGGUGCUGACGAGGUUUACAUUCUCCGAUGCAGGUUUUGUGGCCUAGUCUUUCGGGGACCACUGUCUGUUCAGGAAGACUGGAUUAAGCAUUUACAACGACACAUUGUGAACGCUAAUCUCCCACGGACUGGAGCCGGCAUGGUGGAAGUCACGUCACUACUUAAAAAGCCUGCCUCGAUUACAGAAACUUCAUUUUCUUUACUAAUGGCAGAAGCAGCUUCAUAGAACCAGGAAUCCUUUUAAAGAGCAAAUUUAAUUGGAUGUAAAUUUAAAAUUCUUUGUCUUUUUUUUUCUUUUUUCUUUUUUGUAAGCUACAUCCAUUUAUAAAUACUAAAGUAGGAAAAAUGGGGGAAUGUGAAUUACAUCAGAGCAAACUGAAUACUUAAGACAGUAAGUAGUCUAUAUUUUAUAUAGGGUGGAAAUGUGUUCUUAAGGUUUACUGAAUUUUGUUGGCUGAGUUUACUCAAUUAAAGGUCUUACAUCUGAGAGCCAUUUGUAAAAUGUUGCACAUGAAUUUACAGACAGACUUACUGAAAGAUUAUGUUUUCUGCAGUGUUAUCAGAAUCAAGACUCUGUUUCUUCCCCACACUUACAUAGAAAACUAAGAUAUUAUAUUUUGUUGGUAUGUAUUUAGUGUUUUGUAUAAUACCAGGAACUGCUAACUAAAUUCACUCAACUUAGGGCAUUAAAUAUCAUGUACUUCAUAGUUUGAGACUGUUCACCCAAAUAGGGCAGAGUACUAUCUAUCUAGUAGAUGUGUAAGUGUUUUUUUAAAUCACAUGGAACGGUUUUUUUUUAUACUAAAAAGUCGGAGGGAGAUUUGUUUAAACAAGUAUUUCUAAAAGAAAUAUGUACAUAGUCCUGGAAAUUAUUUGUGGUAAGGAAGUGUUCUUUACCCCAGUUGCAUUUCUCAGACAAUGAAGUGGUGCAUCCAUGCUACCUCCUACUUUGUCAACAAAGAUGCUAUUUACCCUUUCCAUUUUUGUAUCAUAAUAGAUUUUAAAAAUCUAAUGUUCUUUAUUGCAAGACAUACUUUUGUUAACAGAUUUGUUUCUUUGUAACGUUUUACGUACAGUUUGACAUGCUUACAGGACAGGGUUGUCUUUAUUUAACAUUGUAGAAAUGUAAUUAAUAAACCAGGCUCACUACACGAUUUAGAUAGGCUUUCUCAUUUAUAUUCACUUCCAAAUUUGAUCAGUUAGCAAAACUAUUAAUACACAAAAUAUUUCUACAUAUGAUGAGAAUGUUUACAAUUUCAAUCUUAGAGCUUGUUUUGGAUGUGAUUAUAUGUAUGAAAAUUGUGUAACACUAUGCUCAUGCUAAGGACCGACAUAAUGGAAUUACUGAAAUAAAUGUGCUGUGAGGAAUGGAAAAUAAUGGUGCAGGUGUCUUGGUCAUGAUAAGUUGUGAUGACUUUCUUAAACUCUUUCCAAAAACAACUUAGUUCCUUUAAUCCAAAAUUAGCAUCCUUUACAAACAAGAGUUUGUAUGCAAGCACCCAUUCCAUGUCAUUUCAUGUAGUUGCUAAUAUAGGUGAACCAAGGAUAUGCAUUGAUACUUUUCUUCAUUUGUAAAUAAAGUUAAAAAACAGUUAAAACGAAGGAGUAUUUUGGUAGAGUAUAUACAUACCUCACUGCCAGUGAAAUGACUUUCCUAUGGUAUAAUCUCCUUACCAGAAAUCACUAAAUAAAAAAACUUCAAGAAUUAUAAUGCC